GUGUCAGUCAGGUCAGCAGUCAGUAGACAUAAAAACCCCAAACAAUCGAUUUUGCGAUAUUGUUGAAAAAUAGUUCGUAUUGUAUUAAUCAUUCUCUAAAAUUAUGCAGAAAUAUGAAAAACUCGAAAAAAUUGGAGAAGGUACAUAUGGAACAGUUUUUAAAGCCAAAAAUAAAGAAACACAUGAGAUAGUAGCCCUCAAACGAGUGAGGUUAGACGACGACGAUGAAGGCGUUCCAUCAUCAGCUUUACGUGAAAUAUGCUUACUUAAAGAGCUUAAACAUAAAAAUAUUGUUCGUUUGUACGACGUACUACAUAGUGAAAAGAAGCUGACACUUGUGUUUGAACACUGUGACCAAGACUUGAAGAAGUACUUUGAUAGCCUCAAUGGAGAGAUAGAUUUGGAUGUUGUGAAGUCAUUUAUGUAUCAACUACUUCGGGGACUUGCUUUCUGCCACAGCCACAAUGUUCUUCACCGAGAUUUAAAGCCCCAAAACUUGUUGAUCAAUAAAAAUGGUGAAUUAAAGUUGGCAGAUUUUGGGUUGGCCAGAGCAUUUGGGAUUCCUGUGAAAUGUUAUUCUGCUGAGGUGGUCACCCUAUGGUAUAGGCCUCCCGACGUUCUUUUCGGAGCCAAAUUGUAUACAACUAGUAUAGAUAUGUGGUCAGCAGGCUGUAUAUUUGCUGAGUUAGCCAACUCUGGACGCCCAUUGUUCCCAGGUUCUGAUGUUGAUGAUCAGCUGAAAAGAAUUUUUAAAUUAUUGGGGACUCCUAAUGAGGACACCUGGCCAGGAGUGACUCAGCUGCCUGACUACAAGCCCCUGCCUGUUUACCAACCCAGCCUUGGACUAGCCCAAGUUGUCCCACGUCUGCCCGCAAGAGGCAGGGACCUACUAUCUCGCCUCCUCACUUGCAACCCAGCUUUACGGAUGCCGGCUGAUGAUGCCAUGGCCCAUGCUUACUUCCAUGACUUGAACCCAUCAGUCAAGAAUGAUCGAUGUUAACAAUCAAUUCAACCAUACAAAUGCACCUCAGAACUAUUAUUUUGUGAUAAAAAUGAAGAUGAGGUGCAGGAGUGUUGUGAUGAAGACACUUAGACCUAAAAAUAAGGACAGUGAUUUGUUUUAGAGCCUAUAUUAAUUAGGCAAUAAGCAAUUUGAAUUGGCAAAAAUCUGCUCAAUAUAAGUUUAUGUUCAUCCUUUUAUUACUACUUACAUAAUAGAUAAAUAAUGAUAAGCUGUAUGAUAUUUAAUAUUAUUUAUUUUGUAAAUUAUAAAUUCAACUCAUACUUUAAUUUUACCAUUGAGUUUUGCUCAUAUUGAUCUCAUAAAUAACAUAAUGAUGUUGUUAGGAAUUUGUAUUUUAAUGGGGUUCUUGUAACCAAAGCACCAAGAAGGUGUAUGAUAAGUCUUAACAUUAAGAAAAAAGUUUUUUAGUAUGUGCAAUAAAUAUUUGUGAAAUUGU